AGGCACACGUGUGGUUCGCACGCAUGAACACAUCCCACCGCAUCGCUCCCUUUUCUCCCCACACACCCGUUUCCUUCCUCUCCUUCCUUUCCUUCGCAUUUCCAGCUUAGUCAGUUUCAAGUUUCAACCCUGCAUUUAUUUUUUCAUUUUCUUUUUCUUUUUCUCUUCCUUUUUAAUUUUCCCAUUCUACCCCCACUUUUCCAGAGCCGUUGAAACAAAGAAAGGAAUAGAGAGAAAAAGGAAAGACAGAUACAAAUCGCGAAGAGGCACUUCUCGAUCCGUCCGAGCCGACUCAACUCGUCCCCGUUUCCGGUGAUUCACUAUGGUUUCCGCUAUCUCCGAGAGAGUAGAGCUAGCCAAGCUCUGUAGCUCCCGUGACUGGUCCAAGGCAAUCCGAGUCCUUGACUCGCUUCUCGCGCAGUCUUUUGCUAUCCAAGACAUCUGUAAUCGAGCCUUCUGUUAUAGCCAAUUGGAGCUCCAUAAGCAUGUGAUUAAGGAUUGCGAUAAGGCGCUUCAGCUUGACCCCACGCUUCUUCAAGCUUACAUUCUCAAAGGUCGCGCAUUUUCUGCUUUGGGAAGGAAAGACGAAGCUCUUUUGGUGUGGGAGAAAGGUCAUGAGCAUGCUCUCAAUCAAUCUGCUGAUCUAAAGCAAUUGCUGGAACUGGAAGAGCUUCUAACAGCUGCGAAACAGGAAAGAAGUAUCACACCUGAAAUUCAUGCAACAGAGUCUGAUUCAUCUAUGCUGGCAUCUGAAUCUGGACCUCCUAUCAGUGACAAGUCAAGUGAAACAUUUGAGAAUCAUCAUUCUCUGAGCGGUCAUUCUAAAUUAAGCUGUGAGCCAAGGGAUGCAUCUGAGGUCCAGAGUAAAUCCAGUGACAAUUUUGAAUUGUGUAAUGGAACAAAAGAUAAAGCUAGAGGGAAGGAACAUUUUGAAUCGUGUAAUGGAACAAAAGAUAAAGCUAGAGGGAAGGAACAUUUUGGUAGCCAAACAAAUGGGAAUCAUUAUAUUCAUGAUAAAUCGAGCUAUGAGUCUGAAUCGUCUAAUGACUCAAGUGAUACAUGUAAUGAAUUAUCUAUAGUAUGCAGCAGCUCAAGUGAUUUAAGUCAAAACUCCAGCAAGAUGAGCAAUAAAUUUGAGACAACUUGUGGUGAAAUGAUUAACGAGUCCAAGAAAAAUAAAAAGUUCUGUGUCGCUAGGAUUACAAAGUCCAAAUCAAUCAGUGUGGAUUUUCGACUUUCCAGGGGUAUAGCGGAGGUUAAUGAGGGGAAAUAUGCUCAUGCUAUAUCAAUCUUUGACCAGAUAUUGAAAGAGGAUCCUAAUUACCCUGAGGCACUGAUAGGAAGAGGAACAGCGUAUGCAUUCCAACGAGAACUAGAGUCUGCAAUAACUGAUUUUACAAAGGCCAUACAAGUGAAUCCAUCAGCUUGUGAGGCAUGGAAGCGUAGAGGGCAGGCUCGAGCCGCAUUGGGAUUAUUUGUUGAGGCCAUUGAAGACUUGUCCAAGGCAUUAGAAUUUGAACCAAACUCAGCAGAUAUUCUACAUGAAAGGGGAAUUGUCAAUUUCAAGUUCAAGGAUUUCUAUGCUGCUGUAGAUGACCUAUCUGCAUGUGUAAUUCUUGAUAAGGAUAACACAUCGGCAUUAACAUAUUUGGGUUUGGCAUUAUCUUCAAUUGGUGAAUACAAACGGGCUGAGGAGGCACAUUUGAAAUCAAUCCAACUGGAUCGGAAUUUUGUUGAGGCAUGGGGACAUCUAACUCAGUUCUACCAAGAUAUGGCAAACCCAGCCAAGGCUUUGGAAUGUAUUCAGCAAGUGCUGCAAAUUGAUGCAAGGUUCUCAAAGGCAUAUCACUUGCGUGGGCUACUUCUCCAUGCGAUGGGAGAGCACAGGAAAGCCAUCAAAGAUUUGUCUACUGAGUUGAGCAUUGAGAGUGCUAACGUUGAGUGUUUGUAUUUGCGAGCUUCCUGCCAUCAUGCUAUUGGAGAAUAUAAGGAGGCUGUCAAGGAUUAUGAUGCUGCACUAGAUUUGGAGCUAGAUUCGAUGGAAAAGUUUGUGCUCCAAUGCCUGGCCUUUUAUCAGAAAGAGAUUGCUUUAUACACAGCUUCAAAGAUCAACACCGAAUUUUGCUGGUUUGAUAUUGAUGGUGAUUUAGAUCCACUUUUCAAGGAGUAUUGGUGUAAACGGUUGCACCCCAAAAAUGUAUGUGAAAAAGUUUACAGGCAACCUCCCCUACGAGAAUCUUUGAAGAAGGGGAAGCUUAGAAAGCAAGAUUUCGCUGUGACAAAGCAUAAGACUGUUCUUCUACAGGCUGCCAAUUCAAUAGGCAGGAGAAUCCAAUAUGAUUGCGCUGGCUUCUUGCCAAAUAGGCGUCAGCAUCGUAUGGCGGGAUUGGCUGCUAUUGAAAUUGCACAGAAGGUUUCAAAAGCUUGGCGUUCCUUGCGAGCGGAAUGGAGAUAUUCUAAUAAAGGCACAACUAAAUCUGGUAAGCGGGCCCGUAGAAGGGAAAGAAUCAAUAUGCCCAGCCAGAACAGGGGUGGUGCUGGCUGUAGUACUAGCAGCUCAUCGGAGACCUCGUCUUCAUAUGGCACUGCAGAAGAUAAAUCAUUUGGAUAUUCUAUAAUGUCAUGGCAAGAUGUUUACUCGUUGGCUGUUAGAUGGAGACAAAUCUCUGAACCUUGCGAUCCUGUUUUGUGGAUUAACAAGUUAAGUGAAGAGUUCAAUGCUGGAUUUGGUUCUCACACACCAUUGAUUCUUGGACAAGCUAAAGUUGUUCGCUAUUUCCCAAAUUUUGAGAGAACAUUGGAUGUUGCGAAGACUGUCAUGAAGGAUAAGUCGUAUGUCUAUAACAAGGCAGAUGGCAUCAUUGACCUAUCCAGAGAUGGGAUAUUGCAAGAUAUUAUGCAAGCAAAAUCCUGUUCUGAUCUUUACAAAAUUGUUGGCGAGGACUUUUGGUUGGCUACGUGGUGCAAUAGUACUGCCUUUGAGGGGAAGCAACUUGAAGGAACAAGAAUUACCUUAGUGAAAAUGGGAGAGAAUGGAUUUGACUUUGCUAUCAGAACACCUUGCACACCUGCUAGGUGGGAUCAGUUUGAUAGAGAAAUGACAAUGGCAUGGGAGGCUGUAUGUAAUGCUUAUUGUGGUGAAAAUUAUGGAUCUACCGACUUCGAUGUGCUUGAAAAUGUGAGAGAUGCAAUUUUAAGGAUGACAUAUUACUGGUACAAUUUUAUGCCACUUUCAAGAGGCACAGCUGCAGUUGGGCUUGUGGUUAUGCUUGGAUUAUUUCUUGCUGCUAACAUGGAGUUCACCGGAAACAUCCCAAAAGGUCUGCAGGUUGAUUGGGAAGCUAUUCUGAACUUUGAUCCAAGCUACUUUGCAGAUUCUGUAAAAAGCUGGUUGUAUCCAUCUCUUAAAAUAACAACAUCCUGGAAAGAUUAUCCCGACGUGGCAUCAACUUUUGCAACAACAGGAUCAGUUGUUGCUGCUCUUAGUUCCUAUAAUGAUUGAGCUUGCUUUAAAUCCUUAAGAGAACAUUUGGCAAUUGGUUUUCUUCUCAAAGUUGACUUUAGUGUACGUUGGACCCGUAGAGAAAGGGCAGGUUAACUUACCUCGAGAUGUCUCUCCACUUCCCCUGCUUAGCGCUUUGUAAACAUGUCCCUGUUGUAUGUUUGAUUAAUUAAUAAUUGUACAGUACUCUGGGCCAAUAAAAUUUGCCAUUUCUUUUCAUUUUUCUUUGGGCUUGAUAAUUUAGCAUUCUAUUCGAAGGUCAAAAUAGGAUUUGCUCUACUUCGUAAGAAAUAUUUCAUCUGUUUUCUCAGCCAUUACUUAAUUGGAACUGACAUGUUUGUGCAAUUGAAACUUUAACUUGUUAUGAUUA